CCCGUCCGUACCAUCCUCCUCCUCCUCAACUGCAGUAGCGCAGCGCAGCACAUCAUUCUUUGCCUCCCACCCGCACACUAAUCGCCGCCAUCAUUCCAAGCUUGAUGCCACCACAAGACACGAACCGCAAACAAUCGAGCAGAGCAACUACUAGUACUCGAGAAAAAAAAAAUUGGAUGCAGACGAUUAUAAUAAAAUUUGAAGCCACAACCACAACCUCAACCUGCAUGGGGAGAAGGAUUGCCAACCGUUUAGGAUUACCCCAUGAUGAAGACUAGCAUUGCUUGAUCUUUCUCCUACCUUUGGCCCUGCUUGCAAGGCCGGCUCGGCCGAAUUCAUGGCCUCUCAAACCGCUUGGUGCCCCCCUGUUUCCAGGGCUCAACUGAACCACGGUAUUAAUGGCCUAUUGAUUGCUGCUGGUAAGGUACUUGAGCAAAUGAUAAUCAAGUAGGAUUUCCGUCCAGAUUGGACUUGAGAGCCAGCCAGACAGCCAUAACGAAGGAGAGAAGUUUAUAGGCAGAAACAGAUUCGCUUUCCCCACUCCAAUCGCCAUCUCAUUUGGUUUCCGCCCCGGCCCGCGCCUCCCUCCGCCAACAACUUCCACCUCCCGCACGUCACGCAGCGCACGCGGCACGCACCGCCGCUCUCUAGCCACCGAUACAACCCCACAGGUGGUGGUGGUGGUGGUGGUGGUGGUGCCUGCGCGGCGCGGCGGGGCGGGCCGAAGGGGGCGAGACCGGCACCCGGAGCACCAGGUGCGUCCUCUCCCGCCGCGGGAUUCCGUAACCCGGUCCCGUCUCCGGCGGCGGCAAUGGCGCUGGGCUCGCCGGUCAAGCGCCUGGCGCGGCGGGCGGCCAAGGGCCCGCUCGAGAGGGCCGGCCUGCCGGGGGUCGCCGCGGCGGCCGUGGUGGCCGCCGCGCUGCUGCUGCUGCUCUGCGCCGCCUCGCUCCGCUGCUCGGCCGCCGCGCCCCGGAGGCUCUGGGCCGGCGGGGUCUCCAUCGCGGCCGAGGCCGAGGCCGCGGCGGCGGCUCAGACGAGAAGGAAGGUGGCGGCGGCGGGCAAUGUGGAGGAGUGCGACCUGUUCGACGGGGAGUGGGUGCGGGCUGACGGCGGCUACCCGCUCUACGACUCCAGGGACUGCCCCUUCCUCGACGUCGGCUUCCGCUGCUCCGAGAACGGCCGCCCCGACGCGUCCUACACCAAGUGGCGCUGGCAGCCGACGCGCUGCGAUCUCCCCAGAUUUGAUGCCAAAAGGAUGCUGGAGAAGCUACGGAACAGAAGAGUAGUAUUCGUUGGUGAUUCAAUUGGAAGGAACCAAUGGGAGUCUCUGCUUUGCAUGCUUUCUACUGCUGUUCAUAACAAGAGCGCUAUCUAUGAAGUUAAUGGCAGUCCCAUCACAAAGCACAUGGGUUUCUUGAUUUUCAACUUUAGAGACUACAAUUGCACCGUGGAAUACUACAGAUCCCCUUUUAUAGUCCUUCAAGGCCGUGCGCCAGCUGGAGCCCCUGAGGUUGUUAAGUACACAAUUCGAGUGGAUGCCAUGGAUUGGAUGUCUGACCGGGGUAAGUGGAAGGAUGCUGAUGUAUUGAUCUUCAACACUGGGCACUGGUGGAACAAUGAGAAGACAAUCAGGGGGGGUGCCUACUUCCAAGAAGGUGAUGAGGUGAAAAUGGAUAUGACUGUUACAGAUGCUUACCAAAGAUCAAUACAGACAUUGUCGGGCUGGCUUCACAGAGAAGUUAACACAAGCAAGACCCAUGUCAUCUACCGUACAUAUGCUCCUGUGCAUUUCAGAGGUGGUGACUGGAAGACCGGAGGGAGCUGUCACUUGGAAACUCUUCCAGAUUUGACGCCACCCGAAUCGCUGGAAGAAUGGGCUGACCUGCUUAAACCUGUGAAUGAUGUUCUAGGGAACAAUCUGAGGCCCAAGCUUUCUGGAUUAGAUAUGCUGAACGUGACGCAGAUGACAGCUCAGCGGAAAGACGGCCAUCUCUCAGUAUACCUAAGCCCUUCAGGACCUGUCCCUCGCUACAAACAAGAUUGCAGCCACUGGUGCCUGCCUGGUGUCCCGGAUACCUGGAAUGAGCUUCUCUACGCCCUCGUCAUGAAGAGGCAUACGAAGAUGGAUCAGAAUGUUUCCCUGUCUGGCACUAUAACAGUGAACACUGGGUAAUAAUGACAAUCUACUAGAUGUUCUCUAUCUAAAGUCUGACGAGGGAGGUGGUAUGGUAAAUCAAGCAGUUAGUCAUCCUGGGCAAUGACACUGUUGAUUGAUGACCUACCGAUUAGGUUAUAUAGGUAGGAUGUCAGAAUGGCGAAACACAUUUUUGGAUAGUGGGUGUCAGUUGGCAGGAAGCUGCAGCACCCUGCUAUUUUUGUACAUGUGGAGGUUGGUGAAUAGCUGAGCAGAGGUAGAGAAACCGUUCAGCUUUGAAGGUAUGUUUCAUGCAGAGGUUAUUAGUCUUAGCGGUGGUGAAUAUAGUUAGAUAGGGGUGCAGCAGUGAAUGAUGUAAAUAUUGGUUGCAUGUGAUUCAAGAAUCUGUAAGAUUUAAUAUUUCCUUCGCUGCUCGACCUGCACGGCUGUGUUUCUA